GAAGUAUCGGCAUGCCAGCUGUAAAGCUUCACGUGUCUGUGACAUACAGUGAAUGGAAGGAUGGCACACCGGGUGUGGUCUCCUUCCAAAAAGGGUUAAGAAUAGCUGAGAUCCUGGCGCAGGAGGAGCAGGAACCAUUGUGGGCCACUGGGGACACACCGGAAGUGGAAUCCGAAUUUCAUGACUUAUUGGCAUUUUACGGCUAUGACAAUUCAGACUGUUUAUCAGACAGUGAAGUAGAUAAUACUCAACCUGAAGCCACACAGCCUAUUGGUUUUCUACAACCGGAGCAAGUAUCCACUGAACCUACACAGAUGUCUCCCUCCUUGACUUCAGGGGGGUCCACUGAACUCUCCCCAUGCUUUGCUGACUCUCCAGAUGACUGGACAGUGGAGUCUGAAAUGAGAGCCGAGGAGGCUAUGUUUGGAUCUGAGCCUCAGCUACCAUAUCUAAGAUACACUCCAACAGGUGGGAGAGAUUCUCAGGAAAAGGAUCAGCUGCUUUGGGAUCCAAAUGUCUUACCAGAAAGAGAAGUGGAGAAUUACCUUAGUUUGGCAGCAGAGUAUCAACACGGAGCUGGGGGAAGAUAUAGCCAAGAGAAAGGAAAUGUCAGGGAUAAUGAGCAGGCUCUCUAUGAAUUGGUGAAAUGCAGAUUUAACACAGAUGAGGCUCUACGAAGGCUGUCUUUUAAUGUCAAGGUUGUUCAAGGCCAUCUGUGUGCAUGGAGUGAGGAUGAAUGUCGAAGUUUUGAGCAAGGAUUUCGAGUCUAUGGUAAAAACUUCCAUCUUAUCCAGGCCAACAAGGUCCGUACACGCUCAGUGGGGGAGUGUGUACAGUACUACUACACCUGGAAGAAGUCUGAGCGCUAUGAGCAUUUCACCCAGAGUCGCCUGGGUAGGAGAAAGCAGCUGAUGAACACUACGUCACUGGAGUAUGUAUGUGAAGUGCCAAAUUUGGAGUGUCCAUUUGGAUUGCGGGAAUCUGCACUCAGGAAAGAUGGUAUAGCUGGCUCUAAGCAGAAUUCUUCUUCUCCGAGCACUGCCUGCUCCUCUGAUAAAGGUCAGCUUACUUGUAGACUGCACACCCAUUCUUCUUCCAACCAGGAGGAUCAUCCGGAGCCCCUUCCGAUCAGCAGUGAAAAUAUCAAUCUGGAUCUGUGCCCUCCAGAAUUGCCGGUAUUGCCUGAUGUCAGAAAAGACCAUCCUUUGGAAACAUUUAAUAUGGCUGACUUGUCCCUUCCUGGCUUUAUGUCAAGACCAUCUAUAUUUUGUACCAAUCAACUUUCGCCCUGAUUUUCCACCUUUCAAUUUAAAUAAAGACAAGGCUGUAUUGGACCACUUGAUGUGUCCACUAUUGCUUCACCAGUUACUUGUGUUCCUAUCAGCUGAUUUUUGGAAUCUCAGGAAGACAUACCUAACAGUACCAGACAUUUUGGAGGAUUUGCUAUUUGAAGUAUUGAGUUGGUGACAUAUACAGGAACUAGAUCUGUACAGUAUGCUCUUUUUAUUUAAUUGUAUUUUUUGUAUGAAUUCGCAAUUGACCUUUGAAAUUGCACACUAGAGGUGACUUGCACAAUAUGACAGUUUACUAUACUAGGAUUUACAUGUUUUUUUUUUGUUACACAUUCCACAUCUUCAGUCUAUCAAUUUAAACACAUUGGGGCAGAUUUACUAAAACUGUCUAACUGUCUUAGACAAUAUAAAUGCGCCAGAUGUAUCACAGUGGCUCAGGCUGAUUUUUGUUCAUUUGGUUUCUUUUUAGCCUAAGUUUAGCCCAGCAACUAUGAGUUGGCUUUAACUGUGCCAGAAUUUUUGCACAAUUUUAAUACUUGAUGUUGCAUUGUAAACCACACCCCUUUAAUGCCACACCUUUUUGUUGGUCACACUGGAUAAAACACAUAAUAAAUGUAAUGCACAGCAUAUACACCAAUUUUUUUAUUUUUUUUUAAUGAAAAUUGUGCCAGAAUUUUAGCACAUUAUGAAUAGUUAAUCUAUCCCAUUACCUUCAUCAUCCAUAUUUAAACCUUUGUUUUUAGGCCUGCUGACAAUUCUGACAUGUGUCUAGUACAUGUAUUGGGCCUGGUUUGUUUACAGUUUAGUUUAGUUUUUUUUAGUUUUUUGGCUACUGCCAUUUUGUAGUUGCCAGCCAUCUUAGCAGACUUGCUUUCUUGGACUGCAAUAUUUACACUGUCUGGGCUCAGACCCUUUUGAUAUAUGAGGAGAUGGCCAGUGAAAGAUAAAGCCAUUAGUUACAUUAAGUAGACUAAGCAGAACUUUUCUUUUAUUUGAAGUGCUGCUAGUCAUCCAUGCCUUUCUGUACAUUUCGAUAAAACCUCUGGUUCAUGUACCUCAAUUGACUGAAUAAUUUUUCAGCACCAUUUACGUUAUAAAAUUUAUAUAUUUUUUUUGUUUGUUUUUUUUUCAAAAUAUUCAUAAAGUAAUACAAGCAUACAAUAUUGUUGUACAUAUUUACUAUACAUUACAUUGCUUAAUUGUAAGAUAUAUAUGCAUAUAUUGUUUGCCUAUUUAAACUUCUUUUUUUCAUUCAAGCUGCGUCCAUGUAGGUUAUUCUAGGGACCCAUAACCCUUUUAUGAAACUAUUUUCCAGCCAGCACAGUGCAAAUUUUUGCACAGAUUUCAUUUAUGUACUUGCAAAAUGUAAUGUUUGUCUUGUUUAUCACUUUGUUUCAAUCCAUUUAGAUUGUUUUUUUUUUUUUAAGUAAACAGAGAUUACAGUACUUUACAAUUAACUAUACAGACUCCAAACAUGAAUAAAAAUUUGUAAAUACAGAAAUAAGGUCUCAGAUG